AAAAUGUGUUUCGAUAAAACUAUAUAUAGGUUAUAUGUUUAACUUUUUUCUCAAUUCUUAACCAUUCUUAAAGUUCGCAACAAAACAAAACUAGUUUUUUUUAAAAAGUUUUAAUAAAUUAAGUAAGUAAUAUAAUAUAAUAAUGCCUAUAUAUGGUACAAUGUUCAAUAUUUUAUCCAGAAAUGUUUCUACAUCAACAAUAUGUAAUCAAAUAAUAAAAUUGACAAGAUUAAGAGUUGUAGAUAAUAGUGAAAUUGGAAAACAAGCUAUGAUGGAAGGAAAACCACCACGUUGCAUUCAUGUUUAUAAUAAAAAAGGAGUUGGUUAUAUAGGAGACAGAGUAUUAGUUGCCAUAAAAGGUGAAAAAAAAAAAGGUAUAUUGGUUGGUUUGAAGCAACAACAAAAUCCUAAAGUUCCAAGAUUUGAUAGCAAUAAUAUAGUUCUUAUAGAUGACAAUGGUACACCUUUGGGUACUAGGAUCCAUGUACCAAUUCCUCAUAUUCUCAGAACAAUUAUGAAAGAAAAGACACAUAGCAAAGGUGCAGAUUAUACAAAAUUAUUAGCUAUUGCUACUAAGUUCGUAUAAUAUAUAUUUAUAAAUGUUAAAUUAUUUAUCUAUUUUAAAUAGUUAGA